AUGAGAAGGGUAAAUAAAGUGAUCUAUUUGAAUGAUUUGGGAGGCGGGAGAGGAGAGGAUGGCGGGAGACGCGUGGAUUCGCGGGCGGGAACUAAGGAUGCCCACUCUUACAUCGUGUGGGCCUGUAGCGAGACGGGCGCGUCGUACGCUGGAUUUUCACGUUCUACGCAACGGAACACGCAACUUAUACAGUGUUUUAUCUAA